GAGGGUGGGAGAGCCGGGCGCCUCGAUGCCCCCGCGCAAGGGGCUCCUGUGCAUUCUGGAGCUCCACAUCCGCACGAUCACAUGCCCAGGAGUUAUCCUGAAACUCAAAGAUGACCUCUACAUCAGUGCCAGUGUGUUUGGACAAUAUAAAAAGACUUCACGUGUUCCUGCAGUAUUUCCCCUUAUAUUUGAUGAGAAACUAAUAUUUGAAAAGGUAUACACUGAUGUAAUUGACCCUGGAGACCUUGUUGAACUAUUUGAACUUGAAACAGUAGUGCUUGAAUUAAUACAGACUGCUCCUCCAGUGGGAGAAAUUUUAGCCAUAUAUGAAGAAAAUACAAGAGAUUUCAUUUUCCCUGACCCUAAGGUUACUCGUGGACCACAUGGUUCGGUUCGUGAUGUUUUAAUGAAAAGGACCUUUGAUUUUACAGGAAUUGCUCCAAGAUUGAAGUUUUACACAAGUUAUCUCAUUUCUGAAAGCCUGUUAAAUUCAGAAAAAACUCAAAAGCAGGAUUACUUGGAUUGGCAGCAUCAUACCCCUCAACAUGGAGCACUUAAGACAAGGUCACUCAAAAAGAAGACUCCUUCACCUGAGAGAAACAAGCAGUGCUUAGCAACCAGGAGUUAUGAGCAGCCCACAAUAGCCUCUCUCUCUCGGUCACCAUCUCCAUAUUCAAAAAGGCGAAUGUGUGAACUUGAGCAAAUCAGACAACGCCUUGCUCAUUUAAACCUAGGCCCAUUUGAAUUCAGAAAAGAGACAGACAGACCUCCAUUUGUACUUCGACGAAUUGAGGCUCUGACUCCCUCGCCUGACGUUCAUGUUUGGUGUCGUCCUCAGGAGAAUAUUAAAGAAGCUUGGUCUGGGACACUCUAUGAUCCUACCCUUCUUGGCAGUUACAGACCUAAGAAUGCUAAAAUUAUCAGGGCACAUCAUGGGAAAGACUUUGAUGGUUUUUGUGACAGUGCUGAUGAACAUUUGGUCUCAUACAUAGCCGGUAGGCAUCUCUGUUCAACUUGGCAUUCAGCACCGCCAUCAUUGCAAAAGUAUUCUUCAACUCCUGUAUUAAAUCGUUCAUCACUCAGAGAAAGGUUUCAUUCUGACUGGCUCACACCAAUUAAUGGCGAAGAAAUCCAUAAGCGAGUGAAAAAUAUUUUAAGAACGCAUAGUGCACGGCAAAAGCUAACAUUUGAUGAGAGUUAUUUGUCAAAAGAAGAUUCUGCUAAGACAAGAGACUCCAGUAAGACAGUGAAUUCCAACAAGAAAGAAGAUAUUAUGCAUACAGACACUUCAAGCAGCAGUGAUCUUCAGAGCAGCUCGUCUAUACGGCAGAGCAUCAUGGUUCAUCUAGAUAAUGGUGAAUAUUGGACCAGUAGAGCUGCUGAGUACAAAAACAAACCCCACAGAGCAAUCUUUGAAGACAGUCUGGAGAAAAUCUAUAGAAACAUGUACAGAAAAGCUUCUGCCACAAAUUCAAAGAAUAAAUAAAUUCCUAAUAAUGACACAGGUGAAACUGAACAGUAUACAAGAUCAGUAUAUUUUUAAUGAAAAUUUUGUUUGUCUAACAAUUUUUUGUAUUUUUUUUACCUGAAAUGUUUUUACGU